AUGGGCUCCCAGGGGGGCGGCCCCUGGGCGCAGUAUCAUUCGCAUGGCCUCCCACCGCAAUCACAACCUCAAGAGGCAGAUGGGACGCAAAUGCGGCCUAUGGGACUCAAAGUCAACUACACCUUCGAGAGGGACCAGCAGAACUGCCUUGCACGCUGGCCUCACACCCUGCAAAUACAAACAGUUCCUGUCGACGAGAGGACUACGAUCGGCGUUGUCGACUUGAGAAUAUGUCUGCAGGCUAUUGCCCAAUGCAGCCCCGAGAUCGUCAACCAGCCUGAUAAAGACUAUGCCGUCUACGCUUUGGAUUAUUCAGAAGACGACAUCCCACUGGUCGGGCAAGGCAUGCUAUCAUGGGGCCUCGACCAGACGGCUGCCAGCCCUGAGCAGAAGCUAGUCACUGGACGCGUUACCAAGAACAUGCUCGCCAUCUUUGGCAAUGGUAUCAAGGAGACAUUGGAGGUCAAGCUAAAGCUCAACUCCGUUCCGAGAAUGCAGCGGCCCCAAACUUCUCACAACUCUGAGAUGCAACGAGGGUACGGUAGUAAUGCCCCGACACCUACGCCGACCGACACUGCCAGCGAGUGGUCGUCUUUCAUGCAGUCCAACCCCGGUUUCGGCCGUCCUACAAAUGGCCCCUCGAUGCCCAGUCCAAACCUCGCUCCUGCAAGAUUUGGUACACCUAUCCAGAUGCCCAGCCCGGCCCCAGAUUCUCGGCCUGAACAAUUUGCACCACUGCCCGCAGCACCUACGCCUCCACCCCCCGGCGCCACAGGACCUCAGCCGGUGGCACCAAUGUCCUCGUUCGCCUCCGCUCCAUCUUCGCAAGGACCGCCUCCUGAGAAUGCAUCUGCGUCAUCUAAGAGUAACGCGCCGGGGGCUCCCGCACCAACAAAGAAACCGAAACGGUCGUCGUCAAAGGCGCCUAACAAGAAAAAGACGGGCAACCCAAGAGGCAGGCCCCCUAAGCGGCCGAGACAGGAUGCAGGCGACACGUCUGCCCUCGAAGACGCGACCGAUGGAGACGAGCCUGCCAAGAAGAAAAGGGCAAAGACUACUAAGGCUGACUGGCCUAAGGGGGCUCCGUUAGACUCAGCCCCUGGUUCUUUGCGAGUUGCUGCAAGUACAUCGGGUUCUCUGCGUACCAUGAGGCCCGCCGCGUCUGGUCCCAGCGGAGUGGGAGGAAGCCACCUCCAAGAAAUCCCUCGCGCACCAACGCCUGUACCUGGCCAAGCGCCUCCUCGUCCUCUCUCCAAACCAUUAUCUCAGGCACAAUCAAGGAGGCCGUCAGUGCUGGGAUAUGAUGGCUCGACGAGAUAUCAGGUUUUUGACGGUGGCAUACCUGGUCCACCGGGUCAAGACGCCCGCUCGCCUUCCGAAUCCAUCGCACAAUCUCCACAACAGGCCUACACACCAGAAGAGAGCCCUGCAGACAUCGGUUCUAGUCCUCCAGUACCGCGAUCAGCUCGUUCUAUGCGGUCUAGCCCGCCUCUUUCCAGUCCUGUUCUGCCGCCGAUGCCAAUGCCGCAACCUGAUUCUGGCUUCAUGAGCGGAGGAUUCGACUCUCUUGCUGAUUACGACGAUAUCGCUCUGGCGAAUUCGCUUCCUCCGCGAUCAGAGGACCCAAGCGUUGCAGAAGCCCCACGUCCCGGCGCCGCCAACCGGCCGAAAGCAGUGACGAAGGCGGGGAUGAUGAUUAUCGAGCAAGUUUGCCCUGGACCUCCAGAGCUACUUCCGCAGCAGAGCAUAUACAAACCCAAAUCCACAUCACAAGCCCUCAGUAAAAAACCUCGAGGAACUGCCAGCGAACCACCUGCGCCAGAAGCUGCUGCUCUGCAGUCAAUCGAAGAUCCGGAGGAUGGCAUUCUGCGCCUGCUGGACCAGCCCAUGGCUGACGGCUUGCCCACGGCUCACUCGAUGGAGGAGGCACAUGCAUUGCCGGCAAUGUCAGAGCCGCCACGGUUUCCCUCUCAUCGCCCAUCAACCGCGGAUGCAACUGUGUCGGCUGCUAAACCACCUGUUGCUGCUAGUGAUCCGGGUGUGCCUGAGCCGACUAAUCUUCCCUAUUGCUCGUUUGAGGAAGAGGAAGAUCAGGCUCCGCCGAGCAAAAACAUUUCUCGAAAACAAUCCAUCAAAGCAAAACUCGAGAAAGCAAUUGAAGCCGGGCAGAUGCCAACUUUCUGCUCGAACUGCGGGGCGAUCAGCACACCGACUUGGCGCAAAGUCUACUCGCAACACUGUGAAGGAAGCCCUGAAUUCCCCGUUUUCUCUGACAAGCCCGGCUGUAUCACAGCCAUCAUUAUCACGAAGCGGGACGAGAACGAGAAGCCUCUGGAAUACCAGGUGAUCAAGAAAGCCCUUGGACCAACGGAGGACAAAUCCAAAUGGAGUGAAGAUAUGCUCUGCAACUCUUGUGGGAUUUGGCUCAGCAAGUUCAAGAAUCAUCGGCCUGAGGACAGGUGGGAGGCUGAUCCAGCCCAGAUUGGUAAACCACGCAAGAAGAACAAUGGGAAAUCUCGGCCAAAAAAGGGCAAGGCCCAGAACAAGGGAACUGCCAAUUUGACUUCCGAGGCUUAUUUCACCACGGACCCAAUUGGUCCUCCCGAUGAGGGUUCAUCGCCAGAGAAUGGUGAGGAGGUCAUGCUGUUGCGCGGUCCAACAACUGAGCCACCCAGUCGUGAGCGUGGCUCCAAGUCACAGUCGGCCGGUCCAUCGGAUUCUUUGACGUGUUCGGAUCGUCGGGGCUCUUCAAAAUCACAGGACAACGGCAUGGCUCAGGCUCCUGCCGCUGAGGACACAGAAGAUUUAGGGAGGACACGCCGACUCUUAUUUCCCUCCCCUAAAAAGGAUGGCCAGCCCAAGGUGCUCGGUGAAGUCGCAAUUAACAUCGUAAAGACGUCACCGUCCUACGAGAGGUCAAGAAAGGUGGCUAUGGAGCAGGAGAAUAUGUACCUGGACAUCGACGGGGACCUGAAGCUCCUAGCUACACCAAAACCCGGUGCCCGUACCGCGCAAGCUGAUGACGAUAUGGCGGAUUUGUUCGGUACACCUCCCCGCCCAUCAACACCACCUCCUAUGGAGCGGAACAAUGGCCAUUUCAAGACGCCUACUAGACCAACGCCAAGCCAUCGACCCAUAACUAGGAGUGUGUCCAAGUCGAUACGGUCGGCGCGUUCGGUCGCGAAGUCACCCGGACAUGCCCUCCACACUCUGCAACAAACACCCACCAAGACACCCCGAGUAUCGAGUGCUAUGAGGCGUAUUGCCCAGCAGUAUGAUCUCAACAGUCAUUCAACCCAACACCUACACGCACAUUUUUCACUCGACCACAGUGAUAUGGGCAUGUACAGCGAGGCACAUGGCUUGUCAAUGAGCACCGGCGAAUACGAUUCUCCCUUCUCAUCGACACUGAACCAGCUCCUGUCGGAGGCUCAUGACUUCACUACGGGCUCGUCGGCGCACGGCCUGGGCGACCUAGACCUCGCAAGCUUGCCGAACCUGGAUAGCGACACGGUGCUGUCGGGGCACCUAGAGACGCUGGAUUUCGGCCAUUUCCUGACCACCGACACGGUGAUGCCCAGCUCGCCACCGCUGAUCAGCAAGCAAGGCGGGGGAGGGACACAUGUGUCCUUUGAGUCUGCUUCCCAGACGGGCCUGGACGGCGAGGGCGUCUCGUGGGAGAGCUUCGGUGAGGCGAUGAUGGCGGAUGGCGGAGAGGGCGAGUGA